UGCGUAACCGCUGACUGGACACACAUGCUCCAUUAUAUUACCGUAAAAUCAGCCUUCCUCUCAGCCAUACAAGUGCUCCUACGAGGCUCUAUUUGGGCGUCCGCCAUCGAAUCGAGUGCUGUUUAUGAUGUGGUCCUUCCUCAUCCGACGCACGCAGCUCUUUUGAAAAUGAGCGGGAAAUGACCAAUGGCUGACAUUUUGCCACUGGCUGAUCGCCUGUGCAGUGCCUCUGCCAGCGGAAAUCUACCAGAGGUUUUAUUGUUGCUGCAAAACGGAGCUGCUGUCAAUGGAUUGAACACUUUCAAAAGGACCGCAUUACAGGUCGUCAAGGUGGGCAGCACCGCGGUCGUCGAGGCCCUCCUGGAGGCCGGCGCUGACCCCAACCUUCGCGACCCGGUGCUCGGCCUGACGGUCACCCACGACGCCGCCCGCGAAGGCUUCGCGGACACCCUGCGGGCCCUCCUGGCUCACGGGGCGGACGCGAACCUCGCGGACGUACGUGGGAAACUCCCGCUGCACUCGGCCGCCAAGAGGGGCCGCGUAGACGCGGUCCGGGUGCUACUGGGGGCCACCGCGGACCCGUUGAAGGUUAACCGUGACGGGGAGACCGCCGAGCAGUUGGCGCUCCUCCACGGGUGGAAUGACACGGCCGCUUGCAUCCACAGCUACCUUGGCUCGAGAGGAAACCGGAGUACCCGGAGAAAACCCACGCAGGGACGGUGAGAACAUGCAAACUCCACACAGACGGGGCCAGGGAUUGAACCCCGCUCCUCUGAACUGUGAGGCAGAUGUGCGAACCACCAUCGUCAUUAUUAUUUUUAUUGUUCAAAUCACCCCACUGGCCAGCACACAGCUAUGUGGGGGGAGGGCACAUGCAUGAACGAUGUGUAUGGGUUGGGAUGGAUUCAUGAGGUCUGUGGACAUAUUUAAGUUACCCGCAGUUAUAACCAGCUCAUACUGUAUGUUUUUAAUCACAUUGUCUUUAGCCACAGCGGCCAAGAGCUCCAGUCACGCAUGGAUCGCUCUCUCCAUGCAUGCGAGACCAUCAUUGCGCCUCACUUAAAGGGAACUAAUUAAAUAAGAUGCUUUGAUUGGCGGUGAAGAAAGUUGGCUGUGUUCACAGCCCCUCUGCGAGAUUACAACUACAUGGUCUAACCCGCCCCCUCGCAGAGUUGCGCCACGCGAGAUUUGUCCUCGUCAUGAAUAGAAUAGACCCCUAUAUCUCCACAAUUUAGUACUAUGGUUCUUAGUCUUUGCACAUUUCCAGCAAAUAUCUUCAAACAUGUAUUAUGUAUUUAGAAACAAAUCAAUGAAAUCACGUCACAGGGUCUUUAAAUAAAAUCCAUAGUAACCAUAAAAAGGAAUGGGUUUGAGUUGCUGUAUUCUUUCUGAAUAAACUACAUUUGCAAAAACAAUUUGUGCGCUACAUAUAAAUCUGAAGGCGGUCCAGAGUCUGCCGAUUGAGGACAUCUGUAUCAAUAAGCACACGCACACAUAGACCCCAAGUGGUGCUCUAGCACCCAUCCUGUUGCCCUGAUGAAAAAGGUGCCCUUUUUACUGCGGCCCAUUUUUUUUCUUUAUGAAUCAAUAUUUUUCAAAAUAAAAUAAAAAUGACCCUCUGUGUCAUAAAUCUCACCAAAAGUGUUUUGAUAUCUGACGGGGAUUUAUUUAAGUCCUUGGGAGAAUUAUACAUAUAUGACAUUGAUGCUUUGGAACAUUUUUGUACUCUUCUUCCAGCUAAUACUUAAACAAUGAGACCCCAUUGAUGCUGUGAACGCUCUUUGCGGACCAUGGCUUGGGUUGUAAGAUGUCACUACAAAAAUGUCAGCAAAAGCUUACCAGAACAGCUGAGAUGUAUUUGUGGUUAAUCAGAGGCACGUUAAAUGGUGCCAGUUGUGUGUUGAGUCUCAUUUAACAUGAGUUUGAAUGGGAUUGCUUAAUUCUGAACACAGCCACAUCCCCUUUUGUAAGAGUGCAUUUGCAUUUGUGAAACCAAAUUAUUUCAGUUGUUUAUUAUUAAUUCCCCUCUCAUUUUUGUAUAGAAAAAAACCUGCUAUUUGAAAAGGGGUGUGUAGACUUUUUAUAUCCACUGUAGCUUCCCUUCACCUCCAUUACAAAUAGUUGUAUUAUUGACUGUGUUGAUUGUGUUAACAGAAAUACGUAAUAUAUAUCUAUAUAGUACUGUUUUGUUUUUUCUUAAUUAUAUGAAUAAUUUUGGCGAUGGUUGCCCCUUUUUUGGCUUGAGCAUUUGCCUGUGUAUAGAUAUUGCAAUUUAACCCAAAUUGUGUAUAGAAUUGGUGUGUAGAUAUAGUAUAUAGUUUAUUGUCACGACUGACAACAGUGAACUGGUCUUUUCAUAAACCAAACAAGUAUUAACUUAAUGCAGUAGCCAAUCAGCCAUGUUUGUUCGACUGAAACGCUGUGCUCCUACACGCACACACACAACUCCUACUGGAAUAUUUGCUACUUCCGAGCAUGCGGUGCAGCAUAUUUUCCCAGAUCACAAACGGCUGGGUGGAGCGUGAGGAAUGGAAAGCAGCUGAUUGGCUGAGAAAAAAUUCUGAUGAAACCAGGUGAAAGCACUGACACAGGACAAGACAAGACUAAAAACGGGAAAAACACAAACAUGUUGUACAUUUCUCCUGCAUCAUUAACGGUCACAAAAUGAACAUUGACUGGACUGUGUUUUUUAUUUAUUUAUUUUAAAAACAUGUUUGUGUUCGUUUCACAACCACAGUCAAUGAAAGUGAAAGUGAAUUAUUUAUUUUCAACACUUAUAUCCUUCUGUGUGCUUGUGCAAUUUAUUUCUCUCAGUCUACACAGCUCUAUUAAAAUGCCAGUUUUUAUUAUCUAAAGAAGACCAUGAUUAAUAAUUUCAGAACUUUUCUCCACCAUUAAUGUCAAACUUAAACAUGGCAAUUCAAUUGAAAAACAAAACUAAAAAGACGAAAAAUAGAAAACUAAAGUAGUUGCAUAGGUCUGUGCAGCCUCUUAUAACGGUGGCUGUGUAAUUGCACACCGAAAAAAACAUCCAUCCACCCAUCCAUUUUCUGAGCCGCCUCUCCUCACGAGGGUCGCGGGCAUGCUGGAGCCUAUCCCAGCCAUCAUCGGGCAGGAGGCGGGGUUCACCCUGAACUGGUUGCCAGCCAAUUGCAGGGCACAUACAAACAAACAACCAUUCGCACUCACAUUCACACCUACAGGCAAUUUAGAGUUGUCAAUUAACCUACCAUGCAUGUUUUUGGGAUGUGGGAGGAAACCGGAGUGCCCGGAGAAAAGCCACGCAGGCACGGGGAGAACAUGCAAACUCCACACAGGCGGGGCCGGGGAUUGAACCCCACUCCUCAGAACUGU